CUGCCCGGCCUAUAGAUGGAGACGACAGAGUGGAGCCCCUCUCCACAGCGAGGACGUCCCACAGCUGAACAAGUCCUAAGACGACUGCUCAGAUAGACGCUUAGUGAAGUUGUCCAGCUCCAGGUCGCUCCUCAACCUCGCCAUCCUCAUCCUCCUGAUCAUCAUCUGUGUCUCCUGGAAGCUUCCAGAGGUCAUGGCGUGCAUCGCUCUCCUCCUCAGAGUCCUCCUGCUGCUGCUGAUCGGAGGGACGGUUCUCCUCAGCGGCACCCCGGCACAGAGGAUCAGAGUUCGCCGUCAGAACAUGAAGGUUCGGAUCAACGCCACCGGCGACACCAUCGUCAUGAAGUUUGUGCGUCCGAGCCCGGAUGUGAAGCUGGAGGGUUACAUCCUGGGAUACGGCAGGAGCAUGUUCUCCAAGCAGUUCAUCCAGCUGCCGGAGAACGGACAGCUGUAUGAGACGGAGCUGGAUGCUGAACCAAAGUACCUGGUGGCCGUCCAGCCAAUUCCAGCCAACAAUGUGAAGAAGCACUGCACAGGUAAGGUGAACCUGGAGAAGCCGCUCCACCUAGUGAUCGGCUCCAUCAGCCCCACGGCGGUGCUGCUAUCCUGGGGGAACCACCUGAAGACGCCCUAUGAAAAGAACAUCAUGAACGAGUGUCUGGAGGAUGGGUUCUACACCAUUCGGUACAGGGAGAGGAACAGGAACUGGAUCUACCAGACGUGUCCUACCAGUGACACCGUGAUUGAUCACCUGAAGCCCGACACGCAGUACGAGUUUGGAGUUCGCCCCAACAAGGAUGAUCGCAGUGGCAUUUGGAGCAAACCAGUCAUUCACAGCACCAACAUGGGCAAUGAAAACGCUAAGAAACCUUACAAGCCUCCGAAGCCUCUGGCAAACCCAGUGAAACUUCAUGGCAUCUUUCCUUCUUCUCCAGUUCUGAACAAUUCAAGAACUCAGUCCCGGAUAGGUUACAAUAAGCUGGCCAAACCCGGAUCGCCGCGGACCUUCUUUGAGUCCCCUGAGAACCAGCAGGAAACAAUCCCUCUGCCCAGCUCUGCUAAGCCCAAACCUCCUCCUGAGUUGCCGGAAAAAGAAAACAAUCUUAGAAUCAACAGAACCCGACCUGCAGAUCGUCUGAAUCCUACCCUCCCCAAAAUCCUGCCAAGCACCGCCCCUCGAGCCAACAUCACUGCCUCCUCUGUAACUAACCCACCCUCCAACGGUGACUUGCUUCACGGGCAGACUCCUAAGGCCCCCAGUAGUGCACCUGGGAAGCGUCCUAAUCCUGCGGCUGCUGUCACUUCUCAGGAUGGCUCAUCAUUGCUGAGAUCAGUGAUGGCCAAUGAACGGCCCAAACCUAGCACCUGGGGUCAAGGCAGCAACAGAAAUGUGAGCCCAUCACUGCCUAUGAAACCCUCCAGGCCAGCAGAUUCCACCGUGUCCAUGAGGCAUGCAUCAAGGAACCCUCUUUAUCCCAUCUCUAAUGGCUUCAGACAGCUCCACUCUUCUUCUAGAUCCAGUAACUCCUCCCCGACCUCUGGGAUACUUGGGGUAAAUGGACCUGCACACCGGGGCAUUUCCCCGCCCAAAGUGGCCUUAUGGCCCAGAGUUCGACUGGUCAACAAGUCAUUGGCGGAGGACAAGAAGCCUGCUAUUCCUGCUGUGUUUGGUCGUCCGGCUGUGGUCGCUGAGGAGCGCCAUCAUGGAUCUCCUCCUCGUUCUGCUAUCAACAACAGGCCAAACGACGUGAGAAAGCCUGGAGAAACUGACAAGGUGAACCGCCCUGAGAAGAGUGGAAACCUGGAAACCCUAAAGUAUAAACUGCAAGCAGUGACGACUAAGCCAACCAAACAGGAGCGGAGACAAACCACAACUACUGCUGCACCAACAGCAGGGACUCGACAGGAAUCCUGGGAGGAUUCGGACCUUUUCAAGUCACAGCCAACCUCUGACGUUGACGCGAUGGGGAAGAAACGUUACGUGGCGCCUCAUGUGGUCUACCAAACUGGUAAGAAGCCUGAUGAACCUUGCUCCAUCACCACCUCCCUCAACUACUUCCCCGAAGAUGAACCUGGCGAGGUGAACGUGACGUCUCCUCCAAAGAAUCCACCAUCCAACCUCACUGUGGUGACAGUGGAGGGAUGUCCCUCCUUCAUUAUCCUGGACUGGGAGAAACCCGACAACCACACCACUGAAUACGAGGUCAUCUCCACUGCAAAAGGACCUGAUGGAGAACGGGUUUCCAUCCUGACCACCAACCGGACUCACACUGCAGUAGAGAACCUCAACCCUGAGAGCAGUUACGAGUUCAAGGUGAAGCCGAAGAACGAGCUGGGAGAAGGUCCUCUGAGUGAACCGGUGUCCUUCAACACAGAGUCUGCGGAUCCCCGUGUGAGCGAGAACGUCUCAGGAAAAGACGCCAUCUGGACUCAGUUCCCUUUCAAGACUGACUCGUACUCUGACUGCCAUGGCAAGCAGUACGUCAAGAGGACCUGGUACCGCAAGUUUGUAGGUGUCCAACUGUGCAACUCGCUCAGGUACAAGAUCUACCUGAGCGACUCGCUCAACGGUAAAUUCCACAACAUUGGAGAUCAGAGCGGCUUUGGAGAGGACCACUGUCAGUUUGUGGACUCUUUUCUGGACGGACGAACAGGCGGGCAACUCCGAGCGGACCAGCUCCCCUCCAGAAACGGUUUCUUCAGAGCUUUGCGUCAGGAGCCUGUCCACUUUGGACCGAUAGGAGGACAUUCCCACAUCAACUACGCCUCCUGGUAUGAAUGUGGAACGCCGAUCCCUGGGAAAUGGUAGAUGGACUCGGGAAGGGACUUGUUGACCUCAGCUGGGGAAGGGAGAGAGCAGGGGGGCUAAAAGCAGCCGGACCCGAGCUUGUUGCCCAGUGCUGUAAAAACAUGUACAGGACGUCCUCAUCAGGGAACUGUAAGGAGAGAGCAUUUGUACAACUAUAGCAGACAUGCCUCCUCUUUACUAUUUAUCAAGCACCAACGCUACGGUGAUGUUAGAACAGGAACAAACUCAUGUUAGAAAUAUUUUAUUGUGUUGAAUCAUGGGAAGCUGGCUCCCUGGAUUACUAUUUUCAUCACUUGUGAGAUGUUAUUUAUCUUUGGUUUCAUUUCUUCAUGAGUGCCGACAGGCAGGAGUUUACACGAGGUUCUACAAGGAAGGAGGUUCUAGUAGAUACCGUCGUCCUUCACAUUCACACAGUGUGUCAACUGGCAGCUCACCAGUAUAACCAACUAAAGUCCCAGUGCUCAGUGUGGAGGAAGCACUCCACGAUGUGGUUCUUUCUGCCUCAUGGAAACAGAAAACUGUAAAUGUGAGAAAACAAUCAGUGCAGUGAGGUCCCAGAGUUCAAAGUUCAUCCUGUUGAACUGUUUCUAUGUCCUUUAUGAGACAGGUGGAGGUUAUUUUCUCACUUCCCGACUAAAUCUUUCAGUCACUUUACUGAUCUACUAGCGCAUGAUGUUGCAGAUAUUCUCUAAACCAGGCAUCAUGCAAGCCCUGACUCUUAGUGCUUUCAAACACCUUUUAGGGUUUGAUGCUUAAAGUACAACAGUAACACAUUGAAUGUGUAGAUCAGAUGUUGGAGGCAGAUCUUCUACACUUUCAUUUGGCACGGAACAAAUAUAUGUUUAAAACGUAUAUGGACAGUGUCUCAUUUCUUCUCAUUUUAGCAGAUUUAUUUUCUCACCGUGGUCCUUUUCUUCAAACUGAACCUUAAAUCAGGCCUUCUCUUCUUAGCAUGCUAACACAAGACAGGAGCUAACGCUGUAGCCAUGUAGCUAGUAGCAUUUAGCUAGCUGCAUGCUAGCAUGAAUGCUAGCAUUCUCACAAAAGGGUUUUUAUUAUUGUUGUUUCAUCCCAGGAAGCUAAAAAUGUAUCCAAACAGGAUUAUUUUAUAUUUUUACUUUAAAUCUAUCAAGUCUGGUUAGUAGGAUUGAGAGUAAAACUCAAAGUUGUUUCCAACACGACUGUUUUCCUGUUAAAACCAGGAGAAACUGCAGCUACUUACUUCCAUUAGUAAAUCUCUAAUUGGGUCACAUGUCUGCACACAAAUGUUUAUAUUUAUGACAUAUCUGACCAGGUAGUCGGGCAAAUUCUUAUAAAACUAGACCAAUGUGUCCGACACCACUGGUUUAAUAGGUUUAAUGUCCACCUUACAAUUAUCCUGUUGGUUGAUUUACAGUUAAUCUAAAGCAUAAAGAGAGAACUAAAGGCCGGAUAUGAAAGACCUCUAUUAGAAACAUCUGGACUGUUUUCUCUAAAUUACUUUUUAAAUGAUCUGAUGGUUCCUGGUAGAGUCCAGAAGUAAAACAGGAUGUGCACCGAUGACAGACCUUCUUGCACCAAGGCCAAAGUCCUGAAAGUUUGAACAGCUCCAUAUCUGAUCACGGUUCCAGAAUGAAUUUCCUGUCCGGUUGAACAUGGAGGAUGAUGGAGGCUGUCAUAUGAUGCAGGUCCUUUUUCUACAUGCUGUAUCCCAGUCCUGCUGGAGCGAUGCUCCCUCACCAUUAAUCAUGUCUUUACCUGUCAGCUGCAGCCUGACUGUACUCAUGCAAAGAGCCUGUUAUUAUAAGGCAGAGAUCAGUUAAACACAGGAGACAGCUUUAGGAGAUUGCAUUGUUGAUGAUUUAUAUAUAUAUAUAUAUAUAUAUAUAUAUACACAGGUCCUUCUCAAAAUAUUAGCAUAUUGUGAUAAAGUUCAUUAUUUUCCAUAAUGU